AAUUAAUAUAAUGAUAUGUCUAAAAGCUCCUCCUCAGAAGUUGAAGUAGUACGUAUAGUGUUUGAGUGUACAGAUAGAGUGAAAAAAAAAACAGAGAUGGAGAGUAAAGCAGCUCCUUACAUAGGAAUGUUAAUGGCGGAAUGUUGCCAAGUUGGACUUUUCAUUAUUAGUAAACAAGCUAUGAACACUGGUAUGACCACUUUCGUCUUCGUCUCCUACUCCAAUGCUCUUGCGUCUCUCAUUCUCCUCCCUUUCUCUCUCUUCCUUCACAGAUCAAAUCUCCCCCCGCUCGGUUUCUCUCUCCUCGGAUGGUUUUUUCUGCUUGCUCUUUCUGGGUAUUUGGCUCAGUUAUUUGGGUUUGCCGGUAUCAAUUAUAGCUCUCCUACUCUUGGGACGGCAAUGCUAAACCUUGUUCCAGGGCUUACCUUUUUACUUGCAAUCAUCUUUAGGAUGGAAAUGCUAAAUACAAGAAGUUUAACUUGCCUAGAAAAAUUGGUGGGAACCAUGGUCUCGAUUGCUGGAGCAUUUGUUGUUACUCUUUAUGAAGGUCCACCACUUCUAGACAGGCUUGCGCCUUUGCACACUCAUGAACUUAGUCAUAAUGGUGAUCAAAUGAAGUGGAUUCUUGGUGGUUUCUUUCUUGCCAUUCGAUGUGUCAUAGAAUCAGGAUGGGUUAUCUUACAAGCAGUAAUUCUCAAAAAGUAUCCAGCAGAGCUCCUUGUUGUGUUCUUUUACUUCUUCUUUGCUGCUAUCCAAUCUGGAAUUGUGACACUUAUUAUGGAAAGGGAUCUAAGUGUUUGGAGUCUGAAGCCUACGUUGAGGCUGCUUGCAAUUGUUUACUCAGCAAUAUUUGGUUAUGCCCUCCAAGCUGGCCUUUUCUCUUGGUGCCUGCGAAGGAAGGGACCUGUUUUUGUUUGCAUGUUUAAACCUGUGGGGGUUGCCAUAGCCGCAGUUGCAGGUGUUAUAUUCUUUGGGGAUACAUUAUAUCUUGGAAGUUUGCUUGGGGUGAUAAUAAUAGUACUUGGAUUCUACUCCGUUAUGUGGGGAAAGGCUAAAGAAGCGAAGAAAAGCCAUGUUGGUCAAUCCAGCAGCUUACAGUCUCCUCCCCAAAAAAUGCCUUUGCUGGGAAAUAAUGCUGAAGAGACAGUGAAUACUGCUGCUUAACUCAGCUUAAGGAAGUGUUAUUGUUGGAACAAUCAUAGCAUUGGGUUUCUACACCAUGAUGAAGGGGAAGACCCAACAAGAAACUCACAAGGAGGAUGUGAACGAUGGAUAUAUAACACCCAAGAGAUGUGAUCUCAUAAGUCAUAAGGUGUCCCUAUGUUGCGAAUUGAAGCAUGGAUGCAAAAAUUUCACAAGUUUAUCUAAUUAUUGAAUUAUUCCAUUGAAUGAUUGGUACUAGUGUAUUUGAUUGUAAGUAAUAGUAAAAUUAUACCAUAUAUGAUUAAUUAAUUAAAAUGAUAAUAAAGCUGAGUAUCUUUCUAAUUAGUGAUGUUAAAACACUAUUUCAUUAU